AUGGCACGAAAAAAUAUGAUAGGGAGAUGGUUCAUUGAGCGCGGGCGGCGGGCAGCGGGCGUGACGUCACGCCGCGACGAGGCCGAUGCGGCGGGGAUCGUGACCGGAGGAGCGCGAGCACGCGCAGCGGAGCGGGCCAGCCUGGCCUCCAGUGACUCCGGGGACGAGGGCCAACGGCCGCCGCGCAAGCGGACGCGCAGGCUGUCGCCGGAGCCGACCAUGCACCAGCCGUGCACCAACGGCGCUCACCUCAACGGUGACGCCGCUCGCAAUGGGGACCUGCCGCCGGGCCUCCGAAUGGGCCAGACUGACCAAGAAAUCGUCCGCCUCAUCGGCCAACACCUGCUGUCUGUUGGCCUCGAGCGUAGCGCGGCGUUGCUCAUGGAGGAGUCGGGCCUGCAUCUGGAGCACCCGGCGGCGGCCACGUUCAGGCAGCACGUGCUGGCCGGCGACUGGGUGAAGGCGGACCACGACCUGCGCGCGCUGCACGACCUGCUGCGCGACUCGCCGCAUGUGGAACCGCACAACCUCUCCGAGAUGAAAUUCGUAGUGCUGGAGCAGAAGUACCUGGAGCACCUAGAGGCGGGGCGCGUUCUGGACGCGCUGCACGUGCUGCGCAACGAGCUGACGCCGCUGCAGCACGACACGCCGCGCGUGCAUCGCCUGUCCGCGCUCAUGAUGUGCGCCGACGCGGUCGAGCUGCGCGCACGCGCCGCCUGGCCCGGCGGGCACGCCGCGCGCGCCGACGUGCUCGCGCGCGUUCAGGCGGUCCUCCCCCCGGCCCUGAUGAUGGCGCCCAACCGGCUGCGCGCGCUGCUGGCGCAGGCGGCGGCGCAGCAGGCCGCGCGCUGCCGCUUCCAUGCCGCGCCGCGCCCCGCGCUGCCCGCCGCGCCCGCGCCGCCCGCCGCCCCCGCGCCGCUCGCCGCGCCCGACGCCAUCCCCUUCUCGCUGCUGGCCGACCACCACUGUUCGGCGGACCAGUUCCCCAUACACUCGUUGCAGGUGCUGAACGAGCACUGCGACGAGGUGUGGUACUGCAAGUGGUCGCCGGACGGCUCCAAGCUGGCGUCGGGCUCCAAGGACAACACAGUCAUGAUAUGGGACUUCGACCCGGUCGCCAAGCGACUCUCCUUCAGAAAAUCGCUGGAGGGGCACUCGUACGGCGUGUCGUACCUGGCGUGGAGCCCCGACGGCCGCUACCUCAUCGCGGCCGGCCCCGAGGACUGCCCCGACCUCUGGAUAUGGAACAUGGAGACGGAGCAGCUGCACCUGAAGAUGACGCACUCGCAGGAGGACUCGCUGACGGCGGUGGCGUGGCACGCCGCCUCCGACAAGUUCGUGUGCGGCGGCGCGCGCGGCCAGUUCUACCACUGCGGCCUCGAUGGCUCGCUGCUGAACAACUGGGAUGGCGUGCGCGUGAACGCGCUGGCGUGCCGCGGCGACGGCCGCGUGCUGGCCGCCGACACGCACCACCGCGUGCGCCUCUACGACUUUGCCGACCUCGCCGAUCGCAACCUCAUCCAGGAGGAGCACGCAGUGAUGGCGAUGGCGCUGAACGCGGCCGACACGCUGCUGCUGCUCAACGUGGCCAACCAGGGUGUGCACCUCUGGGACAUACGCGCGCGCACGCUGGUGCGGCGCUUCCGCGGCCUGUCGCAGGGACACUUCACCAUCCACGCCUGCUUCGGCGGCGCGCACCAGGACUUCAUCGCCUCCGGCAGCGAGGACAACAAGGUGUACAUCUGGCACAUCAGCGGCGAGGAGCCCAUCGCGGUGGUGGCGGGGCACACGCGCUGCGUCAACGCCGUGGCCUGGAACCCGGCGCACCCCGACGUGCUGGUGUCCGCCUCCGACGACUACUCGCUGCGCCUGUGGGGCCCGCGCGACCACCAGCAC